GGCGUGAGGUGAGAUCAUGCAUGUAUGAUAGCUCGUUGGUCUAGAUAUUUUCUGGGACGGAAAAGGCAGCAGACAGCAGCCCGAAAACUUAACACCGCGCUGAAUAGAUGGUGGACAACAACAGUCCCGAACAUGAUUGAGCCUUUUUCGAAUAAUAGGCGGUGGUGGAUGGUGAGAGGUGAUUUCACGCAGAGGAGACAGCAAGUUUGCAAGCGCAUCAGAAACCGAUAGAUUCUGGAGUGAUGAUGGCUGUUGGUGAAUGGCUGGAAGGAAAAUCAAGCAAGGAGGAGGGGCAAUGUUGGAGAAGGUGAAUUAUUUCUUGGAGAAACUUGAGGCAAACAAGACAUACUGGUCGAUGAGUCGUAGAAACCCCCAGAGAAUGAUAAUCCAACAUCUAGAGAUAUAUCCUCCGCUUCUUCUCACAUCACUGUUGACGGUGGCCAAAUGGCGUCGGGUCAAACGAAAUAAAGAACUACAAACGAGCGUCUGUAUACGAUCAUUGCGGCGUCUUGAAGAAAUAGCUCAUCCUUUCACGCAAUCUCAAUACAUGUAUGUCAUCCACGCCCUACCUCCCUUUCGGCGUGCGCAUUCUCCUGAUCCGAUUCCUGAGACCAAAUCUCCUCAUGGUUCCACGUCCGGGCGUCUGGAGGAGUCCAUUCUACUGGACAUAUCAAUCAGCGCAAGUACGCGCGCACUAAAGGCAUCAAGCCCUGAUGCUUGCAAGAUCAGAACGGCUAUCUAUUUCUUUCAAAAAAGCCAUCGAGUGCUUUUUGUUUUCAAAAGACAGCGCGUCGCUCAUGAGUACGAGCGACUGAUUCCGGGACCCUCCUUCCCUCAUGAAGGGACGAGCUCGAGUACGUCGAUGAUGGCAGCGCAUCGCGGACAUCAACUCCAACUGGCCUCCGACGCGAGCACACGACCCAACUCGACUUCAUCGUCGCCAAUCGGAGCCAAUAUCCGACGUCGCGUCGAACAGCGAGAACAAGUUCCGAGUCAAAGAUUGCGACCGGAUAUGGCUCGGCAGCGGCGCAGGCGGACCGUACGAUUGAAUGGCUUCGUCGGAUGCUCGUAA